AUGGCUGAUUCCUUGAAUUUGAAUGGUCUUUCCCUAAACGACUCCAAGCACGCUCAAGGUGGUCCUGGACCAAUGCCUGGAGGUCGCUCCGCCUACAUUCCUCCUCACCUGCGUGGCCAGGGUCGCGGUCCUCCAAUGAUGGAUGGCGCUGGUCCUGACCCGGCUGCUGCUGGUCUGAACGGAAGUGCAUGGGCAAACAACAACAAUGGCAACUGGGCGAGUGCUCAAGAUUUCACGCCUGCACCUGCUACUGGCGCACCUGGUCCCGUCCCCGCCAACGGCUGGGCUGGCCAGGGCAACUCUCGUCCUUUCAAUCCCAACGCCUACGGUGCUCCCGGUGGUGGCUCUCAUGAUGUCCGCUCAUAUGGCGGCGGUGGCGGCGGUCACUCUGGUGGUUACGGUGGUGGCUCUGCUCGUGGUUCAGGAGAUGGACAAUGGCGAGAUGGUGUACACGUUCCCGGCCCUGCCAACCCCAAGGUCGAGCGAGAGUUGUUUGGUGUCCCGAACGAUCCAACCAAGCAACAGACUGGUAUCAACUUUGCCAACUACGACGAUAUCCCAGUCGAGGCUAGCGGUCAGGACGUCCCGGAGGCCGUCAACUCCUUCACCAACCCGCCACUUGACGACCAUCUGAUCGCCAACAUCAAGCUUGCGCAUUACGCCACUCCCACACCAGUGCAGAAGUACUCUAUUCCCAUUGUCAUGGGUGGAAGAGAUCUCAUGGCUUGUGCUCAGACUGGUUCUGGCAAGACCGGUGGUUUCUUGUUCCCCAUCCUCUCUCAAGCUUUCCAGACUGGACCUUCAGUCAACCCUGCUGCUGGUGGUAGUGGCUUCCGUCAGCGCAAGGCGUUCCCUACAUCUCUGAUCCUGGCUCCUACACGUGAAUUGGUGUCUCAGAUCUACGAUGAGGCACGAAAGUUCGCUUAUCGCUCUUGGGUCAGACCAUGCGUCGUCUACGGUGGCGCUGACAUUGGCACUCAACUGCGAUCCAUCGAACGUGGCUGCGAUCUGCUUGUUGCAACCCCUGGCCGUUUGGUCGAUCUCAUAGAGCGAGGUCGUAUCUCACUUGCUAACAUCAAGUAUCUGGUUCUCGAUGAAGCCGAUCGCAUGCUGGACAUGGGUUUCGAACCUCAGAUCCGUCGCAUCGUCGAGGGUGAAGACAUGCCAAACGUCCAGAACCGUCAGACACUCAUGUUCUCUGCCACCUUCCCACGAGACAUCCAAUUGUUGGCACGAGACUUCCUCAAGGAGUACAUCUUCUUGUCGGUCGGUCGUGUUGGUUCGACUUCCGAGAACAUUACCCAGAAGGUCGAAUACGUUGAGGACCAGGACAAGCGCUCUGUCUUGCUCGAUAUCCUGCACACCCACUCUGGUGGCUUGACCUUGAUCUUCGUCGAGACCAAGCGCAUGGCCGAUACCUUGUCUGAUUUCCUCAUCAACCAGGGAUUCCCAGCCACUGCCAUCCACGGUGACCGCACCCAGCGUGAACGUGAACGAGCCUUGGAAUUCUUCCGCAACGGUCGCUGCCCAAUUAUGGUUGCCACUGCUGUCACCCAUGUUGUCAACUACGAUCUUCCUACCGACAUUGACGACUAUGUUCACCGUAUUGGCCGUACCGGUCGUGCCGGCAACACUGGUCUCUCGACUGCCUUCUUCAACCGUGGCAACCGUGGUAUUGUCCGUGAUCUCAUCGAACUCCUCAAAGAAGCUCACCAGGAGCUGCCUGGUUUCUUGGAGAACAUUGCUCGUGAGAGCUCUGGCUUUGGUGGUGGUGGACGUGGAGGCCGUGGUCGCGGUGGUGCUGGUCGCGGUGCAACUGCCACUCGUGACAUGCGUCGCGUGGGCGGUGGUACGGGAGGCGCUGCACCUUCUUAUGGCGGUGGCUUUGGCGGCUCUGGUGGAUACAGCGGCGGCGGUGGCGGCGGCAGCGGUGGCUACGGUGGGGCUCCAUCUUGGGGCGGCAGUUCCGGUGGCAGUGGGGCCUACGGCGGGGGCUAUUCCGGUGGUGGUGGAGGCAGUUAUGGUAACCCAGGCGGUGGCAACGGACCAUCUUCCUGGUGGUAG